UUCUGCGACUCUCAAUAUAAGUCACUGGGGAAGCCAGCUAUAAGGAGCUGAGUGGGAGUGGCGCGCAUCUGCUGCGGUCUUUGAGAAUCUGAGACGUGAUAAGCAGGACUGCAAGCUGUAAGUGCGCUUUUCCCCAACAUAGAGAGGAACCGCUCCACUGUUAUAAAAAAAUGACCACACCAAACAAGACACCUCCUGGUGCUGACCCUAAGCAGUUGGAAAGAACUGGAACAGUAAGGGAAAUUGGAUCACAGGCUGUUUGGUCACUCUCAUCUUGCAAACCAGGAUUUGGAGUGGAUCAGUUACGAGAUGACAAUCUAGAAACUUACUGGCAAUCAGAUGGUUCCCAGCCUCAUUUAGUGAAUAUUCAGUUCAGAAGAAAAACAACAGUGAAGACAUUAUGUAUUUAUGCAGAUUACAAGUCGGAUGAAAGCUACACACCAAGCAAGAUUUCAGUCAGAGUAGGAAAUAAUUUUCAUAAUCUUCAAGAAAUUCGGCAACUUGAAUUGGUGGAACCAAGUGGCUGGAUUCACGUUCCCUUAACUGAUAAUCAUAAGAAGCCAACUCGCACAUUCAUGAUACAGAUUGCUGUUCUAGCCAAUCACCAAAAUGGAAGAGACACCCACAUGAGACAGAUUAAAAUAUAUACACCAGUGGAAGAGAGCUCUAUUGGUAAAUUUCCUAGGUGUACAACUAUUGAUUUUACGAUGUAUCGUUCAAUAAGGUGAUUUUAAAAUGGUGUAAAAAUGAUUAAAUAUGUUUUUUGUCGUGCUAUUACAUAUUGAUAUAAUCCCAUAAAGAUAUCUUUAUUGAAAAAAAUCAGUUGUUUUGCAGUUUUAUGUAUGUUUAAAAGUAUUUUGCUUUGAUAAAUAAAUCAUUUUUGGGUCAUACUGUCUCUGCUUUCCUAACAUAUAAUAAAGCUUACACAUUUUAUAUUACUAAAAGAAAUAUGAAGCCAAUCAUAUUUUCUUGUAUUUGAAAACUAGUUAAACUGAAAAUUUCAAAAUGUACACAGAGGGUUUUUUUAGUAUUUUUUAUAGGUACAUGUUCAUAGUACAUAAUUAUAUUCCCCCUUCUACCUUGUCUCCCAUCCAUCUCUUGGCCCUUUACCUUUUGCAAAAAAUCUAUUUUCCUUUUUCUAUUAUCUGUCUUUUAUUUUAUUUGCUCUUUUAUAUGUUAUGUUUCUUGUAUAAGAGAAUUAAUGUUACAAUUAACAUUAAUGUGUCUGGUUUAUUUUGCUUUAUAUUGUUUCUGAAUGUUGUAUCUUUUUAAAUAUUUGAUCUUUUCAGUUGAACUUAAUAUUGUCUGAUAAGAAGCCAUCUGAUUGCAGGUAUAUAAUUAAUUGUCUCAUAUUUAUGUCCACAAGAAACUUAACAACCCUAGGGUUGUGUGUAUCCUGAUGAUAUCAUGUUGGCUAUUGUUGUAUCACCUGUGGUUUAUCUCAGUUAUAGUGACAGAGUUAGUUUCAAAUUCGUCUUUGAAAUCUUAGCAUUGCUUGGGUAUAACAUAGCCUGUGAACAUUUAUAAAUGUACGAAAUUACUCUUUAUAAAGAUUUAAAAUGAAUGGUUUAAAAUCGGUAGUUGGUUUCAUGUAUUUUUCCCUUCUAUGUCUAUUACCUUUGAGGGGAUAGUUACUGGACCACAGAACUUCCUCCCAUUCACUCUUUGGAGAAGAUUGCUUGGUGAUUCAUGCAUUGCUAAGUAUACAUAGUCUUUUCUUUUAUUCUGCAUAGUAUUAUUUACUUAGAUACUGUUGAAAAAAGAUUGAAUUUUUCACUAUCAAAAAUUUUGCUCUUUUAUGAGCUUCAGAAAGUUUUAUUAUUUUUGUUUUGUUCUGUCUUUGUCUCUCUCCCCUCUUUCUUCUCUCUCUCCCCCCUCUCUCUCCUCCCUCUGUCUCCCUAUUUCUCUCUUUCUGUCUCUGUCUCUGUCUCUUUUUUUCUGUCUCUCUUCUUUCUCUUGUCUCUCUGUGUCUCUGUCUCUGUCUCUCUGUCUGUCUCUCUCUCUCUCUCUCUCUGUGUCUGUCUCUGUCUGCCUGUCUCUCUCUCUGUUCUGGGAAUCAAACUCAUGACCUAGUGCAUGCCAGGCAGGUGCUUAGGCCACUCAGCUGUAUCCCCAGCCCUGUUUUGUUCCCUUUGAAGUAAAAACGAGUAGUUGAUUUAUAGGGCCAGCAAAAGUUAGUAGUCAAAGCAAAUUUGAAAUCACCAAAUUCAGUAGGGUAGAUGUGGAAUGUGGGGCAUUAUGAAAGAAAGAAUGGAAGGAAAACAUAAAGAGGGGAACUAAAGAAAAUGGAGAGACUCAAGGAAAUGAGAAUAGAAAUACAAACUAGGGAUUGAUGCCUAAUAGUGCUGUGAACAGCAGGGUCUUAGUUUCAAAGAAAUCUAUUUCUCAGAAAGUAUAAGAACAUUAUUCAAAAUAAUGUUCUGCUUAAUUAAAGCUUGCUUAAGAGAAAAGAGGAGAAAGACUAACCAUUCAUUAUGUGAUCCUAUUGUUUAUCUCCUACUAGUAGGAGUUUGACAAGAGACUCCUAAAAAGAAAGAAUGAAGAAAAGUGUUGAGAAAACUAGUCUGUUUUUUACUUUUACACUCUUUUUAUAUUUUUCACAUGUCAGCAGACUAACAGUCUUACUAGGGUUGAGAAAAUUUUAUAGCUGAGAAUUAUUGAGAUAAUGCUUUUUAUUACAAGGAUAAUUUUAAAUGCAGACCGACUAAGUGUUGUAUUAACAAAGCAGAGUUUUCUAAAGCAGUUGUAUUCACUUUUGUGUCUGCAUGGUGCUGGAGAUCAAACUCAGGACCUUAUGCAUAUUAAGUGUGCACCAUACCCAUAAAGAACAUGCCUAACCCACAUUUCAUUUAAAAAAUGCAUAUUAUAUUGGUACAGCUCAGUAGUAAAGCAAUCACUUAGUAUGUGCAAGAUCAUGACUUUCAGCCCACUUUGUAUUUGACAGAUUUGUAUCCAAAACAUACAGAGAACUUCUACAACUCAGCAGUAAAAAGAAAAGAAUUAAAAAAUGAGUGAAAGAUUUGAAUACUUACCUUUACAAGUAUGCUGUGACCCAGCCAUUCUAUUCCUUUACAUUUGCUAACGUAAACCGAGCAUAUGUCCAUAUAAAAAUUUGUUCAUGAAUGUUCAUAGCAACUUACUUGUAGUAUAAGUUUAGUAUCUUUUAUUCAUAAUGUUUAGACUCCGAAGUGCUUUGGGUUUUUGGAUUUUGAAAUACUUAACGUAUACAUGGGAUAUUUAGAGGCCUUUAUUUUGGGGUUUCUAAACACUCAUUUAUAUUUUAUGCACUUUGUAUACAGGUAAUUUUAUGUAGUAUUUUUAGUGUGUCUACAUUUCAACUGUGAUAUAGCACGUGAAGUCAUAUAUAGAAUUGUUUGUGGCAUAACAUGAGUGCUUAAAAUGUCAGAUUUUUGAGCAUUUCAGAUUUUGGAUUUUCAGAUUUUAGAUGUUCAGUUGAUAUCUCAAAAUUUUCUGGAAGCACCUCAAAUCUGGAUCAGCAGAAUGUAUAAAGAAAUUGAAAUAUAUUCAUAUAAUGAAAUAUUACUCAGCAAUAAAAAUGAUUGAACUAUAUGUGCAGAAAUAUGGAUGAAUUCACAAAAUAAUUCAGAGAAAGAAGUUUUAUAGAGUACAUACAUAUGAUUCCAUUUUUAAAUAAAUUCCAGAAAACAUAGACAUCUAAAGUGACAAAGUGGAGCAGUGAUUCUGUAAGAUAGGAGUAGAAAAAUGAAAUGGACUACUUUGGUGAAUGAUGAGUGUUCAUUAUCCUGAUGAUAACAAUGGUUUCACAGCUGUACAUAUGUGCCAAAACUCAUGAAAUUGUAUAUUUUAUGUGCAGCUUAGUGUAUAUUAUACCUCAAUAAAGCUGAUUUAAAAAUA